AUGGCUACUCUUUGUUCAAACCGCUGCUUUUCCUAUCCUCUACAUUCCGCUUUUGCUUCUUGUUCCAUCAAAGUCAUUGUCUUGAUCUACGUUUUGCUCGGUGUCAUCAUUGCUGGUGACAACAUGUUAUACUCUGUUGGACUUGCUUACCUCUCUGCAUCGACUUAUUCGCUCAUUUGCGCUACUCAAUUGGCUUUCAAUGCGGUCUUCUCGUAUUUCAUCAACUCUCAGAAGUUCACUGCUUUGAUUCUCAACUCUGUUGUUCUCCUCUCCUUCCCUUCUACUUUGAUAGGUUUCAACAACGAUGAUAAUGCAGACGCUCCCUCUAGGUCGAAAUACAUUAUCGGGUUUGUGCGUACCCUCGCUGCAUCCGCACUCUAUUCUCUGUUGCUAUCACUUAUGCAAUUCUCUUUCCAGAAGAUUCUUAAGAGAGAGACGUUUUCAGUGGUUCUCGAAAUGCAAAUCUACACGUCUUUGGUUGCGACUUGUGUCACGGGGAAAUGGAAGGGUAUCGUAAAGGGGAAGCCUCUUUUGGUCGGGACAGCGGUGACGUGGCAAGUGUGGUCUGUGGCUGUGCAAGCUAAAGAGCUUGCCAAAGAGCGUGAAAAGUUAAGAGAUCUCCAGGUUUCUCUACAGGAGGAGUGGAAACGGAGUGAAUCUUUCAAGGAGGAACUCGAGUCUCUGAGGUUAGAUAAGAAAAAAACUUCUUUGGAGAUUAGCAAAGUGCGAAGUGAAUUGCAUGCAAAAUUGCUUGAAAUCAAACACUUGCAGAUGAAGUUGACUGGUCAGGAGAGCCACGAUGUUGGAACUGCCAUGGAACAUCUAAAAGAAGUUAACAAAGCUCUGGAGAAAGAAAACAACGAGCUUAAGUUGAAACGAACUGAGCUAGAAGCUGCUUUGGAAGAAAGCAGGAGGCCCACCAGUAGCAAAGUCUUUCCAGACGCCACAGAGAUUCUGACUGGACAUCCUAGUAGUUUGGACAAGGAGAAACCUGAAAGCUUUCCUGGAAAAGAUGAAAUGGAGCAAUCCUUGCAGAAGUUGGAAACGGAUUUGAAGGAAACACAGAGAGACAGGGAUAAAACACGACAAGAACUAAAACGGCUCAAACAACACUUGCUUGAAAAGGAAACUGAAGAGUCUGAGAAAAUGGAUGAAGAUAGCCGAAUGAUUGAAGAAUUCCGCCAGACUAAUGAAUAUCAAAGGUCUCAGAUAUCACACUUGGAGAAAACUCUUAAGCAGGCAAUGGCUAAUCAGGAGGAUAGCAGGCUGAGCAAUGACAAACAAAUCCGGAAGUUACAGGAAACAAAUGACGACUUAAAUCAAAAACUUACAAAUUGUUUGAGAACAAUUGAGUCCAAGAAUGUUGAACUUCUAAAUCUUCAAACCGCUCUUGGCCAGUACUACGCCGAAAUCGAAGCUAAGGAGCAUUUUGAAAGAGAGCUUGCGGUGGCUAAAGACGAGUUGAUGAAGCUUUAUGCUCGUUUGAAAGAUGCUGAUGAGCGGUUAGAGUCAUCGAAUAAAGAAAAGGAAGACGUCACAUCCAAACUAUUGCAUGCCGAAAAGGUUGCAGCGGAAUGGAAAAACAGAGUAAGCAAAGUUGAAGAAGACAAUGCAAAAGCUUUGGACCUCAUGGUUCGGAUGCUAGGAUUCUCAGAGGAAGAUAAAGAACGGAUUGGAGUGGCACAACAAGGAGGAGGUAAAGGUGUUGUUAGAGGCGUAUUGGGCUUUCCAGGUCGCUUUGUUGGCGGAAUUUUAGGCGGGAAAUCCGCGGAUUCACAUUCUAAUCCAGCUUCUGAUAACCAGUCAUUUGCGGAUCUAUGGGUUGAUUUCUUACUCAAAGACGCAGAAGAGCGAGAAAGAAGAGAAGCAGCAGCAGCCAAAUCCAAGCAAGAUUCGGAGAAGACAAGACAAGACGGGCCUUUGUCUGAUUCAGAGUUCUCGACGGUGCCUCUCAGAUCAUUGGAGAGUAAUCAACGGCUCUCGAGAUGA